CACUUCAAGAUGAGAAAAGUUGAUCUCUGUUUGAGCUCUGAAGGGACUGAAGUGAUUUUAGCCACAUCAAGUGAUGAAAAGCACCCACCUGAAAAUAUCAUUGAUGGGAAUCCAGAAACAUUUUGGACCACCACAGGAAUGUUUCCUCAGGAGUUCAUUAUAUGUUUUCAUAAACAUGUAAGGAUUGAAAAGCUUGUAAUCCAAAGUUACUUUGUGCGGACCUUGAAGAUUGAAAAGAGCACAUCUAAAGAGCCAGUUGAUUUUGAGCAGUGGAUUGAAAGAGAUCUAGUGCACACAGAGGGGCAACUUCAAAAUGAAGAAAUUGUGGCACGUGAUGGUUCUGCCACGUAUUUGAGAUUCAUUAUAAUAUCAGCAUUUGAUCAUUUUGCAUCUGUGCAUAGUGUUUCUGCAGAGGGAAUGACAGUCUCAAAUCUUCCUUAA